AUGGCGCUGACGAUCCGGCGGGCGCAGGCGUCGGACGCGACCGACCUCGCCAACUUGGCGUACCCGGACAAGACGCUUCAGCGCAUCAUCUUUGGGCGAGGCCACGUCGCUGCACUCAUCGAGACGUCCUUCUUGGCUUUGACGGCCGAAGCGCCGGAUGGGUCGCUCGUUGCCUUCCUCGUCGUCAACGACAUUGCGCCGAGCGAGCUGGCUGAAGACGUCGACUACCUCGACUAUGUUUUGCAGCACUACGCCAUGGAGACGCCGGACGCUGGUCUCGUGACACUCUCCGCGCAGCGCUCGCUCUUCCUUUCGUACUUUGUCCAGGCGACCAUGGACCAUGACGUCUUCCGCGACAUGCUUCUGACCGUCUAUCAGCUCCUCACGCACGUCGAGUGGCUCGUCCUUCCCAUUGCGUCGUCGGUUGAGCCGCCAGAAGUCUUCCUCGGCGUCUUCUUCAAGGCGACGCGGACGUCGUCGCUGCAGACCGAGGACGACACGUAUGCGAGCUACGACGUAUUCUUGUCGCACGCCAAGACGCACUUGCCAAGCGUCCACGUGCGGAAAGCCAACAUUGAAGACCACGACGACCUUGAGCCUAUUCUGGUGGCGCAAAACCAGGCACUGCAGAGUGCAUUUGGCGACUAUUUCUUGGCCGAGCUCAUAGCGUCGCAGACCAACCACAGCGCGUGCCUUGUCGCUGAAGACAACGGCCGCGCCGUUGGGCUCCUGGCCGCCACCGACGAAGUGGAUCUCGCCGUUCUCCGCGACUCGUUUGAUCUCACCGUGUACAACGACUUGCUCAAGCCCAUGGCGGCCUCCCAGCUGCGAAAGUCGCCGUCGCGUCUCCAGAAGCUCCUAAAGCGUCGCACAAGCCCCAAAAUCGUUGUGUUUGGCCCACGAGGCUGCGGCAAGACGACGCAAUCUGACCGACUUGUGGCCACGUACGGCGUCGUUGCGCUCUCACCGAUUGCACUGGCGCGGGCCUCGGGCCGCCGAGCAACCCCGCUCGGCAAGAAAGUGCAGCGCCACUUAGACCGCAACGAAGAGCUGCCCAACGACAUUCUCCUGGACCUCGUCUCGAGUCGGAUUCAUGACAGCGACUGCGUCACGCAGGGCUGGGUCCUGGACGGGUACCCCACCUCCGAGGCCCAGGUGUGGGACCUCCUCAAACGUGGCAUCAAGCCAGACGUUGUCAUCGUGCUCCAAGUGCCUGACGAGGCGAUGCACAAAACCAUGCCCCCGGACGACGUCACUCGCUUUCAUACCCAAGCCGCCGCCGUCCUCAAGUGCUACGCCAAGGAGACGGCCCUCGUGACUGUUGACGGGAGCCUCGACCGGGACGCAGUUACCUCUGCGAUCGCGCAUGCGCUUGGGGCGUCCGACAAGACCAAGGGGUUCCAGAGCGUCAAGCAGCGGCAGCAGUUGAGUCGAGACCCGUGCGGACCACCAAAAUUCGUCAUUUGCGGCCCGCCCGCCGGAGGAAAAGGCACGCAGUGCGAACUGCUCGUGCGCGAAUAUGGCGUUGUGCAUCUCUCGACUGGCGACAUGCUCCGGUCCGCGAUCCAAGCUGGCACCGAGGUGGGGCUCAAAGCCAAGGCCUUCAUGGACGCUGGCGACCUCGUGCCGGACGAGCUCAUCGUGCACGUCAUUCUCGACCGGCUUCAGGAAUCGGACUGCACCAGUCAAGGGUGGCUGCUCGAUGGGUUCCCGCGCACGGCGCUGCAGGCAGAAGCAAUGCUCAGCGAAGGCAUCGUACCGCACCUCGUGAUUGUCCUCGAUGUCCCCGACGACGAGGUUGUCAAGCGCAUCUCAGGUCGACGCGUGGACCUCGACACGGGCAAGACGUACCACUUGGUCUUCAACCCACCGCCGCCCGAGCUCAAGGACAAGGUCGUCCAGCGCUCCGACGACACGGAAGAGACCAUCCGCGUCCGGUUGGCGACAUUCCAUGCCAACUGCGGCGCGGUCAUCGCCGCCUUCCACACCACAUCGACGAUCCUCAACGUCGACGGUAUGCAGCCCAAGGACGUUAUUGCGUCCGAGAUUACCGCCGCGCACCCCAAGCCGCAGCCGCCACCGAAACCCAUCGUCGCAACGGCGACGGGACCACCCAAGCUAUUGAUUUGCGGGCCCCCGGCAGGCGGGAAAGGCACGCAGUGCGAACUGCUCGUGAACGAGUUUGGUGUCGUCCACCUCUCGACGGGCGACAUGCUCCGGUCGGCCAUUUCCGCCAACUCGGAGCUAGGGCUAACGGCCAAAGGCUACAUGGACGCUGGCAAGCUCGUGCCCGACGAACUCAUCGUCAAGGUGAUUCUCUCGCGCCUCCAGUCGCCCGACUGUACGAGCAAAGGUUGGCUCCUCGAUGGCUUCCCGCGCACCGCCGCCCAAGCCCAAGCUAUGCUCGCGUUGGGGAUCGUGCCCGACGUUGUCAUCGUGCUCGACGUCCCCGACGACGAGGUGGUCGAGCGCAUCUCGGGUCGCCGCGUCGAAAUUGCGACAGGAAAGACGUACCACGUCGUGUUCAACCCGCCACCGCCCGGCGCCAAAGUCGUCCAGCGGUCCGACGACACGGAAGAGACGAUCCGGGUUCGUCUUGGCACGUACCACGACAACUGCGGCGCGGUCGUCGACUGCUUCCAGUCGCAGUCGACGAUCUUGGCGAUCGAUGGGCUGCAACCCAAAGACGCGAUUGCCGCCAAAGUUAUUGCAACGGUGAACGCGGUGACGAACCCGCUCAAGGCGUUGCCGCUCAAGCUCAUCAUCUGCGGACCCCCGGCUGGCGGCAAAGGCACCCAGUGCGAGAAGCUCGUGGCCCAAUACGGCGUCGUCCACAUCUCAACCGGCGACAUGCUGCGCUCGGCCAUUGCCGCAGGCAGUGACCUUGGGCGAAAGGCCAAAGGGUUCAUGAACCGCGGAGAGCUCGUGCCGGACGAGCUCAUCAUGGACACGCUCCUGGACCGCUUGCAGCAGCAAGACUGCGUGUCGCGCGGCUGGCUCCUCGACGGCUUUCCCCGCAAUGAGGCUCAAGCGCGGGCGCUCGUCGCCUUUGGUAUCGUGCCAGACGUCGUUUUGGUGCUCGAUGUGGCCGACGACAAAGUCAUUCAACGCAUCUCAGGUCGCCGCGUGGACGUGGCCACGGGCAAGACGUACCACAUGGUCUUCAACCCACCGCCACCGGGCGUUAACGCUGUCCAGCGCUCGGACGACAACGAAGCGACUGUCAAGAUCCGCCUCAAAACGUACCAUCUCAACGUCGCGGCCGUGCUGCGGGUGUUUGCGCCGCUCUCGCAUGUCGCGAGCUUCAGUCAGCCGUCGACGACCGAGAUGACGUUUGCGAUACUUCGCGCGAUCGACGACACGCGCGCUAAAGUCGACGUCCAAGGGAAUGCGUUCAUUGUCACGCUCUUCUGCAUGGAUACGCCGUACACGUCCAUCUCGAGCGCCUUCUUGCGUCCAGCCUUUGCGCUCUUCCAGCACAAGGAGUACUGCGUCGUGACGUUGCCGCCGGGCAUCGCCCCGCCGCUCUUCCUAGCGCCUUUUGCCCUCGUGCCAGCAAAACCCACAAGCACGUACUCGCACGUGUUGUACCUCUUGCACCGCGACGCACUCGUCUUUCUCGAGCCAGAAGUACCCAGCGUCCUGCGCAUUUCCCGCUUUCGCAUGACUGAGCCCUGCGACGCGCUGAGUGCACUCGUCGAAACGCUCUCGCCCACGUCGAUCGCGGCCAUUGAGACGGACAUGGCGCUGGCAGCCGAAGAAGACGACAUUGACCUCGACGACAACCCCAAGCACGUGCUGUUCGUUGCGCGCCUCCACGGCGCGGUCGUGGGCUUGGCGUCGCUGUCGCGGGACAGCGACGUGACGUCUGGCUUCAAGCAGUUUUUCGACGUCGAGCAGUUUGUGUCGCUCACCCACCACCGCGCCAAAGACCAAGCGAUGCUGUCGCACUUUUUACUCAACCCCGUGUACGCGAUCGCGGGUCCGUUCUUUCUGCAGGAAGUGCUGCGGCUCUUCCGCAAGACGUGUCUCUUUGCGAGCGUGCCCCGGCGUGGCCACGUGAGCCCGCUUGUCUCGGAGAGCUUUGUGCUUGCGCCCGCGCGCCGCCAAGUCGUAACGUCGCCCGAGACCCCGGUUGUGCUCCCACGCCUGGCGACCAGCGCACUCUACUUUUUCACCAAGCGCCUCCUUUCCGAGCCCAAAACCCUCGUGACAGCGCGCAUCGUGGUUGUCGGUGCCUCGGACGCAGGCCUCACGGUCGUCAAGCAGCUCCUCGGCGUACCGUACUUGCGCUUGACCAACGUGACGCUCGUCGCGCCGCACGGAUUGGAGGUGCCGACACCAGACGUGGCGCCGUUAGCACCGCCCAGCAUUUACUCGCCGACCGACCUCGACCAGGCCGGCAUCCUCACGCACGUCCGUGUUGUCACGAGCCGCCUUGUGCAGAUCGACCGCGCGGCCAAAGCUAUCGUCCUCCUCGACAACUCGUGUCUCCCGUACGACCUCCUCGUGCUCGCGACAGGGCUCACGGACGCCGUCUUGCCGUCACUCCGACUCGUGCCAGAGUACGACGGCGAGAGCUACGUGGCGCCACCCGUGCCCCGGGGCGUCGUCGUUCUCGAAGCCGCGUCCUCGGCGAAAAAGGUGCACGAGACUCUCCGAGCGUGGAAGCGCGCCAAGAAAAGCGGGCGCGUCAUCGUGCUUGGCACGAAUGCGUACGCGGCGACGCUCGUGCACGCGGUCCGCGACAAAAUCGGCGCGUCCGCCCACAUCUCGUGGCUCUGCACCGGCGCCAUCGACGACGACGUCCGCGUCUGCGAGCACGUGACGUCGAUGCAGCCGACCGUCAUGAUUGGUGUCACCAACUUGGUGGCGCCCAACGGUGUGCUGGAAGGCAUCGUGGUCCAGCCACCGACGCCCAGUGGUGUCGAUGAGAGUGGCGCGCCGUUGCCAGCACCGCCGGUGCUCGUGCUACCCUGCGAUCUACUGCUCUGCUGCGACCGCAACGACGUCGACCCGGACGCCUUCCGCGCCAUCAACGACAGCGGCCUCGUGUUUGACGGUCGUCUCGUCGUCAACGCGUCGUUCCAGACGUCGGACCCCUGCAUUUACGCGGGCGGCAGCCUCUGCCGGUUCUCCCGGCGCUUUACGAAGGCGCAAUACCAGCAGUGCUACAGUGCGCGCGAGUGCGGUGAGCUCCUCGCCAAGUCUCUCUUGCGUGUGAUCGACCCGAUCGUGGGCGCGACACUGGGCCCGUCCGGUGGACCUGACGCGGGCAAACUGUGUCCGCCACCGGUGUUUAGUCAGCCCAAGAUUGUUGUGGGGCAUUGGAGUGGGGACUUGCACUACGUUCGUAUCCAGCUCCCUGACGCCCCGACGUCGUUCAAGUCGCUUACGACCGAGAACCGCGAGAUGCAAACUUACUGUUGCUUGCAGUUUGACGACUAUGGCGUUCUCUCUCGACUCACCUACCUCGGACGCGAGGCUGUCAACGUGACCAACCUCGCAUGCCUUGUCGGGCUCCACGAAGCGUACCUCAACUGCGCCAUCUCGUCGUUCCAGCAGAAUCUGGUCACGGACUGGAUCGAGUUUUUCGGCCAGAAGUGGGCCAUCGCCGUGUACCACGACCGCUUUCUCGACUUUUGCAGCAAACUCACGGCGGCGUCGCAGUACGACGAAGGCGUGCGCUUGGCCAUCGACAGCGUACACAAACAGUUCAAAGACGGCGGUGACGUCAAGGCGGCCAUGGCGCUCGCCCAGACCAAAGUAGGUCGCGGCGGCGCCAACCUCGCGCCGACGACCAAGAAGAUGCUCGAACUCAAGCUGCUCGAGCAUCUCUCGGUCAACCGCGAUGUGCUCACCAUGUACUUUCUGCCCCGCGCCGCCAAAACGCAGUCGUAG